CCCAAGACAAAACGGCUCCUAUCCCGGGAAAAGGCAUAUAAGCUACAAAUGCCACAGCCGACUCCUCGUCCUCGACUUCCAUCUCCGGUACCAACCACAUCCCGACUUGCUCCAAAACCCAGACGCCCCCUCAAACACACAGGUCAACAUGGUCCGCGCCCACUUCACCAGCAGAGCGCUGCUCGCCCUGCUCGUAACCGCCAUCCCCAUCUCGGCAUGCGGCGAGGAGGAGCACUUUUCGACCCUCCCCCGCCGCCAAUCCGCCGGCAACAGCACGGGCGUCGUCGGCGGGCCCACGACGUCUUCGCCUCACCUGGCCACCGUCUCGGAGCACAUCGACUCCCUGGCCGAGGAGCUCUGGCCCAUCAGCACCGAGAUCCACGAGAACCCGGAGCUCGGGUACGAGGAGGUGCGCGCCCACGACCUGCUGACCACGUACGUGGCGUCCAAGCCCGGCUGGGAGGUGACGCGGUCGGCCUUUGGCCUCGACACGUCCUUCGUCGCCGUGUUUGACGGCGGGCACGGCGCCGGGCCCGUCGUGUCCUUCAACGCCGAGUACGACGCGCUGCAGGGGCUGGGCCACGGCUGCGGCCACAACCUGAUCGCCACCGCGUCGGUCGCCGGCGCCCUGGCCGCCGCCGAGGUCAUGCGCCGCGAGUCCCUGCCCGGCAAGGUCGUGCUCUUCGGCACGCCGGCCGAGGAGUCGCUGGGCGGCAAGGUGCGCAUGCUCGAGGCCGGCGCCUUUGCCGAGCACGCCAUCGACAUCAGCAUCAUGGCGCACCCGGGCCCCGGCGGCGACGCCGGCGACGCCGCCUACACCUUUGCCAUGGCGACGGACCGCUUCGACGUCGAGUACCACGGCCAGCCCGCGCACGCCGCCGCGUCGCCCUGGCUGGGCGUCAACGCGCAGGACGCCAUCGCGCUGGCCUACGCGGCGCUGGGCCUGAUGCGCCAGCAGAGCCGGCCGGCGGACCGCGUGCACGGCCGCAUCGCCACGGCGCCCGGCGCCGUCAACAUCAUCCCGGACUCGGCGGGCGCCGUGUUCCAGAUCCGCUCCGACACCACCGAGAACCUGGCGCCGCUGAUUGAGCGCUUCGAAAAGGCCAUGGAGGCCGGCGCCCUGGGCACCGGCGCCACCAUGAACCUGACCAUGCGCCCGUACGGGUACAGCGACAUGCUCAACAACGACGUCCUCGCCCGGCACUACAGGGAGUGGUUCGACGGCGCCAUCCCCACCGCCGACGAGGAGAAGCUCAGCGGUCCCGGCGGGUCGACCGACCAGGGCAACGUCAGCCACGACUUCCCCGCCCUGCACGCCUUCUUUGGCAUCUUUGGCGACGACGGCGCGCCCGCCACCGCCAGCGUCCACAGCGAGGGUUUCAGGGAGGCGGCCAGGACGAGGAAGAGCUUCGACAAGGCCCUCAAGGCCGCCAAGGCCCUGGCCGGCACCGCCGUCGACGUGCUCACCGUCGAGGGGCUGUUGGACGAGGUCAAGGAGGACUUUGAGCAGAACAACAAAAAGGACGUCGCUCAGAGGCUUGCGAGGUUGAGGAGAAGAAUGAUUAAGAAAUAGAGAAUUACUUUGUACUUGCUUACACACUCUGUAAACUUGUCAACACGGAAGCGCAAAACCAGCAAAAGGUUUGUCAGAGACACAGAGAAAGAGAGAGAUAAAAAAAAGCAAAAGAGCAAUAGUCUAUUAGAACCCAAAAAUAACUAAAAGAAUGUAAUGGUAAUACCA